AUGAUCAGAGCGUUAAGAACUGCCGUGCCUAGGGCCAAGUUAUUAAAGGCCCAGCACGCCGCCCUGCUCAAGUUGUGUCGGUCAAUUUCGACCAAUGACCUGUUUUUGCUCACCAACAAUGGCAACUACAUUGACGAAAUGUACGCCCAGUGGCGCAAGGACCCGUCGCUGGUCCACGUGUCGUGGAACGCCUACUUCAAGAACAUGGAAAGCGGCAAGGUCGCCCCCGGCCAAGCUUUCCAAGCCCCUCCCACCUUGGUGCCCACCGCCGCCGGUGGCGCCGCGUCGUUCGUCCCCGGUGCUGAACCUUUGUCGGAAGACGUCGUCACCCACUUGAAGGUGCAAUUGUUGGUGAGAGCUUACCAAGUCAGAGGUCACCAAUUGGCCAAGAUUGACCCCUUGGACAUCUCUUUCGGUGCCAACGCCGACAGACCCAAGGAAUUGACUUUGGACUUCUACCAAUUCUCCCCUGAAGACCUCGAAAAGCAAAUCACCCUUGGUCCCGGUAUCCUUCCCCGCUUCGCUGAAGCCGGUAAGAAGCUGAUGAAGUUGAAGGACAUCAUCGCCGCCUGCGAAAAGUUGUACUGCAGCUCGUACGGUAUCGAAUACAUUCACAUCCCCUCCAAGGAACAAUGUGACUGGUUGAGAGAACGCAUUGAAAUCCCUGAACCUUACAAGUUCACUCCCGACCAAAAGCGUCAAAUCUUGGACCGUGUCAUCUGGUCGUGCUCUUUCGAAACCUUCCUUUCCACCAAGUUCCCCAACGACAAGCGUUUCGGUUUGGAAGGUGCUGAAGCCGUCGUUCCCGGUAUGAAGGCUCUUAUUGACACUUCCGUCGACUUCGGCGUUGAAGACGUUGUUAUUGGUAUGCCUCACAGAGGUAGAUUGAACAUGUUGUCGAACGUUGUCCGUAAGCCUAACGAAUCGAUCUUCGCUGAAUUCACUGGUUCGGCUACCGCUGACGAUGUCGGUUCUGGUGAUGUCAAGUACCACUUGGGUAUGAACUACCAAAGACCCACCACCCUGGGUAAGACCGUCAACUUGUCGCUUGUCGCCAACCCCUCGCACUUAGAAGCCGAAGAUGGUGUCGUCUUGGGUAAGACUCGUGCCAUUCAACACUACAAGAACGACGUCGGUCCCUUCAAGAAGGCCAUGCCCAUCUUGAUGCAUGGUGAUGCCGCCUUUGCCGGUCAAGGUGUGGUGUACGAAACUAUUGGUAUGCAACACUUGCCCGCUUACCUGACUGGUGGUACCAUUCACAUCAUUGUCAACAACCAAAUCGGUUUCACUACUGACCCCAGAUUUGCUCGUUCGACUUUGUACCCCUCGGACAUUGCUAAGGCUAUCAACGCCCCCAUUUUCCACGUCAACGCCGACGACGUCGAAGCCACUGUGUUCGUGUUCAACUUGGCUGCCGAAUGGAGAGCUAAGUACGGUUCCGAUGUCAUCAUCGACCUUGUUGGUUACAGAAAGCACGGUCACAACGAAACUGACCAGCCUGCUUUCACUCAACCCCUCAUGUACGACAGAAUCGCCAAGAAGAAGUCGUUGUUGGACCACUACACUAAGCAAUUGCUCGAAGAAGGUACUUUCACCAAGGAAGACAUUGACGAACACAAGCAAUGGGUGUGGAACCAAUUGGAAGAGUCGUUCAACAAGUCGAAGGACUACAAGCCUACCACUCGUGAAUGGCUUACUGCUCCUUGGGAAGACUUCAAGUCGCCUAAGGAAUUGGCUACCGAAAUCUUGCCUCACUUGCCCACCGCUGUUGAUGCCGAAACCUUGACCAAGGUCGGUGUUGCCACCGCUGAAGUUCCUGAAGGCUUCGAAGUUCACAGAAACUUGAAGCGUAUCUUGAACCAACGUAAGAAGUCGGUUGAAACCGGUGAAGGUAUUGACUGGGCCACUGGUGAAGCUCUUGCUUUCGGUUCGUUGGCCCUCGAAGGCUACCACGUCAGAGUUUCGGGUCAAGAUGUUGAAAGAGGUACUUUCUCGCAAAGACACGCCGUCUUGCACGACCAAAAGUCGGAAAAGACCUGGACUCCCUUGGCCAACCUCUCUCCUGAACAAGGUGCCUUUGACAUUGCCAACUCGUCGCUUUCGGAAUACGGUGUGAUGGGUUUCGAAUAUGGUUACUCGUUGACCUCGCCCGACGCUCUCGUGCAAUGGGAAGCCCAAUUCGGUGACUUUGCUAACACUGCUCAAGUCAUCAUUGACCAGUUCAUCUCUGGUGCUGAAUCGAAGUGGAAGCAAAGAUCGGGUUUGGUUCUUUCGUUGCCCCACGGUUACGACGGUCAAGGUCCUGAACACUCGUCGGGUAGAUUGGAACGUUACUUGCAAUUGUGUAACGAAGACCCUCGUUACUUCCCCUCGGAAGAAAAGCUUCAGCGUCAACACCAAGACUGCAACAUGCAAGUUGCUUACCCCACCACCCCCGCCAACUUGUUCCACUUGUUGAGAAGACAAAUGCACCGUCAAUUCCGUAAGCCUCUUUGUCUUUUCUUCUCCAAGUCCUUGUUGAGACACCCUCUCGCUCGUUCGAACUUGUCGGAAUUCACCGGCGAAUCUAAGUUCCAACCCUUGAUCGAAGAAACUGCAGAAUUCGGCAACUCUCUUGCUCCUAAGGAAGAAAUCAAGCGUGUCAUCUUGUGCUCGGGUCAAGUGUUCACUGCUUUGCACAAGAAGCGUGAAUCUCUUGGUGACAAGACCACCACCUACAUCAAGGUGGAACAAUUGCACCCCUUCCCCUUCGCUCAAUUGAGAGAUGCUUUGGACUCUUUCCCUAACAUCAGUGACUUGGUUUGGUGUCAAGAAGAACCCUUGAACAUGGGUGCUUACGCCUACGUUGUCCCCAGAUUGGCCACUACUUUGGAAGAGACCAAGAACCACAAGGGUAUGACCUUGAGAUACGCUGGUAGAGACCCCUCUGCUUCCGUUGCCGCUGGUAACAAGAAGAUGCAUGCCGCUGAAGAAGAAGCUUUCUUGGCCGAAGCAUUUCAACAAUAA